GCGUGUCUACUGGAAGCAAAAGAGGUCAAAAAAGGUAAAUGGUAAACACUGAAACGCGUUUGCAAUGGCAUCUGUCGUGUUCAGAUCCACAAAUCGGGUCAUUCGUUUGGCCACGUGCGCGAGAAUAAAGCAGAUGCAGUCGGUGUGUUGUGAUCAAAGCAGACACGCCAGCACAUCUGAGGAAGACAAAAGAACCCCGAAAAUAUACACAAAAACAGGAGAUAAAGGCUUUUCCAGUACUUUCACAGGUGAGAGGCGACCAAAGGAGGAUCAUAUAUUUGAUGCUUUGGGAACGACAGAUGAAUUAUCAUCUGUAAUUGGGUUAGCCAGAGAAUUUUGCUUCGACAAAGGUCAUUCAUUUACAGACCAGUUGGAUAAGAUCCAAUGUGUCCUACAGGAUGUGGGGUCAAACAUUGCUACCCCUCUAUCAUCAGGUAGAGACAGUCACAUCAAAAAGACAAAGUUCAGCUCCCAGCCAGUGACAGAACUGGAGAGAUGGAUUGAUUCGUUCACAGAAGAGCUGCCUCCGCUCACUAACUUCAUUCUACCUUCAGGAGGUAAAAGCAGUGCAGCUUUACAUGUAGCCAGGGCAGUUUGUCGACGGGCCGAACGCUGUGUUGCCCCUAUUGUCUGUUCUGGAGAGGCAGAUCCUGAAGUUGCCAAAUAUCUGAACAGAUUGAGUGACUACUUGUUCACCUUGGCUAGAUAUGCUGCAAUGAAAGAGGGCAAUGCAGAAACAAUCUACAAAAGACCUGAGUAGAGUAGGAAACGCUUAGUCUUAUCUAGAAUUUGUACCAUGGUUUUGAAUCCAAAAACAUUUGCUCUGGCAAAUUUUCACCAACAUUCCUAGGAACAAUGAACAUGUUUGUUUAAGUGGAUGUUUAACACACUGCACUGAUGUACUACAGCCUAUGCCAGUAUCUCAGGGUGUAUUAAAGGGAUAGUUCACCCAAAAACGAAAAUUCUAUCAUCAUUUACUCACCCUCAGAUUGUU